AUGAGUUUGACAGAAGAAACACAAAACUUACAUGUAGAUAGUGAAGUAACACCACAUUUGCAAGAGGAUCUAACUAUAGAUUGGAAUCGCUUACGAUUAAUAGACUUUACUAAAGCAGAACUAAUUACCUGUUUGGAGGAUCUUUGGACAGAGCCAAAAAGAGAUUUCAACCUGCAAAAACCAGAAAAAGGUAAAGCUGUGGAAUGGGAUCUAAGUGAAGACUAUAAUGAAAGACCUCUCUCACCAGAUGAGCUAGCCGAGCAAAUUUAUGCUUUUUUGUCUUAUAUGGAAAAUAGAUUAUAG